UUGUGAAGUAUUUUAGUAUUAGUCCGUGUUCGCGAUGAUUUUGAAGGAUAAAGGACAAACUCCUCAUCCGUUCGUUCAUGAAGUGGAUCUAACAGCUGCUCAGUGGAUUCAGGGCCUCAUUCUGGGAGUUGUCCUGUUCCCGGUCCGCAUCACUCUUGCCGCCCUCUUCUUCCUGCUCAUGUGGCCCAUCGCUCGCCUGCGAUUGGCCGGCCUGUCGGAGGCGGAGCGGGCGGAGCCUGUGCAGGGCUGGCGUCGCUGGCUCCUCCACCACAUCAUGCUCUUCCUCAGCCGGGCCGCCUUCUUCUCCCUGGGCUUCUUGUGGAUUAAGGUCCGAGGGCGUCAGGCGGGCCUGAGGGAAGCUCCGGUUUUGGCCGUGGCGCCUCACAGUGGGUUCCUGGACAUGCUGGUUCUGUGCGCGACGGGCCUGCCGACCGUUGUGUCGCGAUCCGAGAACUCCAAACUCCCUGUUGUAGGAGCGCUGCUGGAGUUUAAUCAGGCAGUGUUGGUGAACCGGAAAGAUCCUGAAUCCAGGAAGAAAUGUGUGUCUCAGAUCCGUGAGAGAGUCACAUCAGACGGCCACUGGCCUCAGAUGCUCAUGUUUCCAGAAGGAACAACGACUAAUGGCCAAGCUCUUCUCAAAUUCAAACCUGGUGCGUUCCUGGCAGGAGUUGCUGUUCAGCCGGUCUUGCUUCGCUAUCCCGGUGAGCCGGACACCGUUCGGUGGACUUGGAAAGGAUUGUCGUGGCUCGGCGCUCUCUGGCACACCACCUCUCAGAUCUACACCAGCGUCACUGUGGAGUUCCUGCCCGUCUACACGCCGUCACAGGAGGAGAAGGAAAACCCGGACGUAUACGCUGAGAAUGUCCAGAAGCUCAUGGCCAAAGCUCUCGGUGUUCCUGCCACUGAUUAUGUGAUGGACGGACGCUUUCCUGUGAAAAAGCUUGGGAACCUUUCGCUUCCACUGGAACCUCCGGCUCAGGCAACGCUCGAACUGCUCCUUAAACACGGUCUUACGAACGCUCGAGUGGAGACCGUGAUGAAUGACAUGAUUGACAGCUGUCACUCAGGCCAGAGCGCCAUGGUAACAGCCGACCACCUGACCUCUAUUUUGGGGCUCAAGGACAGAAAGACGGCAGUGAAGAUCUGCUCGCUUUACUCAAAGGUAAGGGAUGAUACGGUGGACAUGAGGCAGGUGUGUUUGAGUGUGUCGGCCGUUUCUGGCUUCAGGAGUCUGCAGUCUCUCACACACACAGGGUUCACGUGGUUCGACACGGACCAGGAUGGGUUUCUGAGCGCAGGCGAUCUGUCCGGCCUGAUGGGGGCGCUGGUGGGAAUCCCACAGUACGCUAUAGAAGAGAUGUUCUCUGCGCUGACCACCAGGGGGCGACCCACUGAGGCUUCUCUGCAGGACUUAUUGAUGACGCAUCCAGUUUAUCGGAAAGUCUUCACAGAGUAUCUCCGCUCCACUGGGCAUCACAAUGGCACUCCCAAUGGGAAGGCCAACGGCAACGACGGGCUGUAUAACGGCUACGGAUCGACCAAUAGGAAGUCAGACUGAGGAGCGCCGCUUGGUCGGUAGCAAUGUCGCAAUCCUGGAAGGAACGUCCCACUGCAUGCGCAAUAACUGAGAUGUG